AUGGUGACCUCGCGAGAGGAAGUCUGCUUGUUGCGCAUGUCUUCUGCCUCAUCUCGUUCGGCCAUUUUUUGCCUGCCCAGGUUAGCCAGGGGGUAGAGCGCGACCACCCUCCUCCGCCGGCGCCGCCGGCGCAGCCAGAGAAGGUGUUGCUAACGCAGCCGCUAUCCCUAGACGGUGGCCUGGCCGCGGAGCACCAGUCACCGAACAUCGUCCAGCGGCUCAUCAGCCUCUUCAAGAACGUCCGCCCCGGGACCGACCUCACCCACUUCCAGGUGAGUCCUCCAUCGCCGUCGAUUACCUUCAGCGUCGCCGCCCACAGAAGAACCCACCAUGAUUAGGACUCCCCGUGUAGCUGCCGGCGCUCUUCAACAUGCCCAAGUCACAGCUGCAGUGCUACGGCGAGACGGUCUACUGCGUGGCGGAGGACAUGCUCCGCCGCUGCAACAAGGGGAAGACCAGCUUGGAGAGGUUCACCUCCGUCGUCGCCUGGAGCAUCUCCACCACAAGGCCCCCCAUAUUCGGCCUCGCCCCCUUCAACCCCGUCCUCGGGGAGACCCACCAUGUCUCCAAAGGCACCUUCAACGUUCUCCUCGAGCAGGUGAGCUCGAUGGUCCGCCAUAGCCGCCGCCAUCGACGUCACUCGAAUCCUCUAAUUUUAAUCCUCCCUAUGACUUGCAGGUCUCUCAUCACCCGCCAGUUGCGGCCCUCCACGCAACGGACGCGGAGCAGGAGGUGGAGCUACUGUGGUGGCAGGAACUGGUCCCGAGGUUCACCGGUGAGCCUGCUGAAGAGCCCCCGACCAUCUUCUUCCCCGCUCCAUCGCCGGAGUUAAUGUCGCUGGACGCAUGCAGGCACCGGCAUCGAGACGCAGAUCCAGGGGAAGAGGGAGGUGAAGCUGCGGAGCUUCGGGGAGAGCUACGAGAUGGACGCGCCGUCGCUGGUGAUCAAGUUCCUGCCGGUGCCGAGCACCGAGUGGGGGGGAAACGUGAGCAUCCUCUGCAGGGAGACCGGGCUUGAGGCCGAUCUCUGCUACUACCGGAGCCACCUCUUCCUUGGCUUUGGCUCCUCCGCCCGCGCCGUCAAGGGGAAGAUCUUCCACUCCAAGACCCUGAUGACGAUUUACGAGAUCUACGGCCGCUGGGACAGGUAAACCACGAACCCCCCUUCACCUUCUUCAUCCAUCCUCUUCUUCUUCUUCUUCAUCAUCCGUCGCCUACCUGCAUUCUCUGAGCUUCUCCGGUGGCUGCCAUGUCGACGAACAGGCAGGUGAUGUUGAAGGACGUCCACAGUGGGAAGGUCACGGUCUUGUACGACGCCAAGGAGUGCAUCUUCGGCUUGAAAACUCCCACCGUGCGGGACCCACAUGUAAGUCGGAAUCUAACGCCCUCCCGCCGACAUUUCUUUCGGAAAUCAUGCGCCGUUGAUUUCUUUUUUUGGAAUAUGAUCAUAAUUUCUAGAAUAUCAUAAUUAUUUCUCUAUGUUUAUUAUUUUUAUUUUAAAAAUGAAAAGUGUCCAGUAAAAUAAUUAUUUUUAGGAAAUUCUGCGUCUUCGGAAAUACGUUUAUCCGGGGAAACACAUUUUCCAAAAAAACAUUAUCUGCAUUAAGCAUGGUUAGACAGUUCCAGGCCAGGUAAAAAGGGUAAUAUUUUCUAUUAAAAAAAGUCUGCUUGUUGCAUAUUUUCCCGAAAAACGGGGGCCAUUUUCUCUGGAUCUGAUCCGACUGUGGAUGACCGGCCGCGGCGGCGCAGGCGGUGUCAACGACGGAAUCGGCGGCCGUGUGGGCGGAAGUCAACCGGGCGAUUCUGAGCCGAGACUGGGACGGCGCCGGCGAGCUGAAGAGGGCCGUUGAGGAUAGGGCGAGACAGCUGGCGGCUGAAAGGGUCGCCACAGGGAUGAUGUGGAUCCCGCGGUUCUUCCACCUGGAGCGGACCAAAGAGGGCAGCUGGCACUGCUGGCCCAAGCACCCCGCGGUCCCGCCGGCGCCCAUCGUGGUCCCCUCUUGA